AUGGACAAAACCUGGAUUCUAAAGCCACGAGAUAGUGUAGAAUAUAGACAAAGAUUUAACAAGUUCUUAGAUCUUGAAUUUGCAAAUGCAUCGUCGAAUGGCAUGAUAAAGUGUCCAUAUCCUCAAUGUGGGUUUCAAUAUAUGCAAAUAAGAGAGGAUGCGUACGACCACCUGUUGAUAAGGCCUUUUCCCCCUGGAUAUACUAUGUGGUUGCAUCAUGGUGAGAAACUAAAUGAAGAGAGCUCUAGUUGCACACUAAUAGUUGAAAAACCUACAUCCGAGGUGAAUCCAUAUAUACAAAUGGUGCACGAGACAUUUAACUUCACAAUGCAUCAUGGAAGUGAGGAGACCACAACGGGUGAACAUGUAGAAGACGAUGAUCUGGAGUUGCCGUACUUGUACGAUGGUCCAAGUCGUGAGACCCAGGAUUUUACUGAUCUUUUUGCGGAUGGAGCGGAGGAAUUAUAUCCCGGUUGUUCCAAAUACUCAAAGUUGUCUUUCCCAAUGAAGCUUUAUCAUAUUAAGUGUAUGUGCGGUGUGAGUGACAAGGCUAUGUCGAUGAUUCUGGACUUAUUGUGGGAUGUAUUUGAGCAAGUAAAACUCCUGUCCACAUUAUAUAAAGCCAAAAAAACUAUCAAAAAGUUGGGGAUUGAAUACAAAAAGAUAGAUGCAUGCUCGAAUGAUUGCAUGCUAUAUCGGGGUGAUGAUGAGGACGCGACUAAGUGCAAGCAAUGUGGGACUUCACGAUGGAAGCAAAAGAACCGGAAGGGUUUCAUUGUUAAACUCAAAAUACCUGUAAGGAAAAAUGGAAAGCCUCUACCAGUAAAGACUCUUCGUUACUUUCCUCUGAUACCAUGA